GGGCUGGUCCCGGUCCUGGUUCUUUGUAGCAUCUUGUCUGGGGUCGCGGGAGCCCUUUGGCCCUCCAAGCCCUGAAGUGCACUGUACUGCCUUCAAAAUAGAAAUUUGCUAAAAGCGUCCUCCUUUCUUCAGAAAAUAAAAUAUCCUGGUUCCUUAGCUCAGCAUUCUUGGAUCCUCACAGUUUGAUUCCCUGCUUGAAACUUCUGAUUCUCCCAAACUAUCAUCUUUCUCUUGGAUCUCAGCCUGCAAUGCUCUCCACCUCACCUCACCUUACCUAAAACCUAGGCAGAGUCUCUGAGGCUGAGGGAAGCCUCUCCCUCCUUCCCCUCCCCUUGUUGACCUAUCACCCUCCCUCAGGACCUAAAUGCAGGGCGUUUCCCUCUUUGGCUGACACUGGACUCCUUGUCUACAUCUAGCUUGGCACAGAGGGACAUCCAGACCCUGAAAAGUGUAGGCAGAUGGCCCUUCUUCAAACCAAUAAGGAUCUCAUUGCUACAGGAAUAAAGGAAUUUAACGUUCUGCUAAAUCAGCAGGUCUUUUCUGAUCCUGCUGUCCCUGAAGAAGCCAUGGUGACUGUGGUGAAUGACUGGGUGAACUUCUACAUCAGCUAUUAUAGGCAGCAGAUGGUGGGAGAGCAGCAAGAGCAGGACAAGGCUAUGCAGGAACUUCGGCAAGAGCUGGAUACUCUGUCUGCCUCUUUCCUUGACAAAUACAGGAACUUCCUGCAGUCCUUGUGAGCAGCCGAUCACAGGCUGCCUUCCUCCUAGCCGGGAGACC